AUUGUGUGAGCAAAUUGGCAGGAUUCGCCAUUUUUAUUGAAUCACUACUAGUAGCCUCAUCUCUAGGGAGAGUGCGUGUGCUCAUUUCGUGCCCUUAAAAGUAGCAACGGGCGAGGGACAACGGGAGCAACCCGGAGCAGGCAGGCACCAAUUGGAACACAUUUUUAAUGCAAGGAAGGAAGCGUUUAGCAACAGUGGAAAUUGAGCAAUUUCGACCGAAUUCGUUUGCGCCCGAACGUGGCGGCGAGCAGUGGCCGGCGCACGCACGAAACGGUGGGUCGAGACCGGGGCAACACAGCAACGAUGAGUGUCCAGCGCUGGCUGAGCAUUUUCCUGUUCGGUGCCAACGUGUUAGCAGGUCUCCUAGUGACGGGCUGCCUUGCGAGCGAGGCUGCCGUUCGUUCCAGCGGCUCCACCACCGAGCUGUUGCUUCACAAGCUGCCGGUACCGAUUGCGGUGCCAACCGUGGAAACGUUACCCCGAGCCCCGAGCAGGUACGAUGGGGAGCCAACGGGCGCCGACAGUAACGCGUUCGUGGCGGCCGACAUCAUCAACCUCGACCGGGACGGUGCGGUCAGCUUUAUACCGCGCCGGGACGUGCGGUACCAGCGGGCGGUACCGCCCGAGUAUGCCGGUGCGUCCGCCCUGCCCCACUGCGAAACGUUCACGAUGGGCGAUCCGGACACGAAAACGCUGUACAAUCCGGGCUGGCCGGGCAACUACCCGAACAACAGUGACUGCGUGGUGGUGCUGGAGGCACCGGUCGGUUUUCUCGUUCGGCUCGACUUCCGGGACCACUUUCACGUCGAACCGUCGGAAGAGUGCAAGUACGACUUUCUCGAGAUCCGUGACGGUGCGCACGGCUUCUCGACGCUGAUCGGGAAGUACUGCGGUCAAACCUACCCGCCCAUGAUCACCUCGAAGGAGCGCUUCCUGUGGUUGCACUUCCACUCCGACGAAAACAUCGAGUACAACGGGUUCGUCGUCGUGUACGAUUACGUGCCGCGGCCUACUUCGUCCAUCUACGACGACGAAAGCUGCCGGAUGGAAGUUUCCGGCAUGGAGGGGUUCGUCAACCGUACCGAUGUGCCGCGCGAAAAGCAACAAACCGUGAUCGAGCACGGGCUGUCGCUGGACUGCAUGUGGGUCGUCACGGUGGCGGACGGGUGGAAGAUUCAACUAUCCUUCCUCAAGUUCAAGCUGGAGCGACCGAACGAUUGUGAAAGCAACUUUGUGGACGUGUUCACCGAACGGACGGACCUACCAUCGAGACUGAAAAACUUUUGCGGCUCCAUCGCCGACUCGGUCGUAUCGCGCUCGAACGUCCUGCACAUCCGCUUCUUCGCGGAAGCGGCCGCCAUUAAUUCCACCUUCUCCAUCCUCUUCACUGCAUUUAGGGAGAAGGCGGCCGGUGAAACCUGUGACGAUACGGAGUACGAUUGCGAGGACGCGACCUGUAUAUCCGGCGAGCUGCGCUGCAACGGCCGCAUCAACUGCCGGUUCCGGUGGGACGAGGACGAGUGUCAGAAACAAGCGGCCGCCCAAUCGGAGCACGUCAUCAUCAUCGUGAUUGUGUUCGGGCUCAUCCUCGGCGGCAUGAUACUGCUGUUCCUGUUCAACUGCAGCAGGAAGAUUAUCCGCGACCACAAGAUCAUCCGCGAGCACAUCCGGCAGUCGCGGGAAAGCAAGCUCAACGAGCUCGGGCGCCAUUCGACGAAGAAGCUUGUUGAUCUGGACAUUACCAAGCUGCCGCCGCCCGCGUUCGACAAGGAGCCGCUGAACGUGCUGGAGGGUGGUGGCGGUGCGACGAACGCGUCCAAUGGGCAGUACUAUCGCGAGCUGGGCAUUGGGAGCGUUGGUGGAGGAAGUGCAGGAAGUGGUGGUGGUGGUGGUGGUGGAACGGGACCGCACAUGUUUAGCAGCCGGAUAGACAUCAAGGCGGACCCGCAGCAUGCGGACGUGCUGCGGGGCAGCUACCAGGAGGAUCCACUGUCCCGGUCCGGGACGCUCGGGCGGGACGGCGGCAUGUGUGAUAUGGCGUGCCAGACGCGGGAAUCGCUCUUCCAGCCGGUGUUUAAAAGCAAGCUCAACCAAUCACCGAACCAGCUGCAAAAUAGCAUACGCUUCUCCACGUUCGGCUACGAAAGUCAGCAGCAACAGCAACAGCAGCAGCAGGAGCAGCUUCCUGCCGUCACACCGCCACCACCGCGGGUGAAACACCAUCAUCACCAUCAUCAUCACCAUCACGGCGGGACGCUCGACGGCACGAAAAGCUCCAAGGUGAACCGGAUCGAGCUGGAAGACCUUUCGCCCCCUGGGUCGGGCGGCGGGUACGAUGACCGUAGCGACGAGACGGCACUGCACCAACAGCUGGGCCAACAGCAUGGCCACUCGCACGGUCACGCCCACCACACCCACCAGCAUCCGCACGCGCACCAAAAGAUGGCGCACGACCGCACCAACCUGACUGAAACUGGCGGCGGUCCUGGACGAGGUGGGGUCGGCAGUGGUGGGGCUGGUUCGUACGGGGCCGACAUCCGGAAGUCGGCACCGGACGUCAUCAUCAUGACCUCCUCCCAUUGACCCGACGGGGACGGUUAGCUAAAUUGGAUUAGAAUUGGUGUGGUGGUGGCGCGCGAUGGCCGCGUUCAUUUUUGUGUUUUCGAGAAGUUCUGGUUCCAGAAUUUGGAAUCAAGUGCGCAUAUUGUACUGAAUGCGUCUUACGGAAAGGCAUCUUUGUGCUUUGUGCCACGAGGUGUGCUCUUCUUGGUUGUUUGAUUUUGAGGACAACGGGACGGGUUGUACCCAACUUUGUGGUAGCGGGAUUUGGCACUGGCCGGUUUAGGGUGUCGGGGGUCCUAAGCGAUAAGAA